AUGGUAUCAUAUUUCGAUGAUCUCCGUCGAACUUUGGCCGACACGGAGAUAUACCUCCCUGGCGACUCUGGGUAUGAGAAGAGCUUGCAAAUAUGGAGUGCAUCGUGCAUCAAUCCGGCUUCAUUUGUCGGAUCAAACACUGCACGUCUGAGGGAGCUCAAGCGGAAGGACAAGGACUUGAGGGAUAGCCCCAAGAAGGCUGUCUACACCCCUCACGAGACAUACGGCGAUCUUAUGGAUGAGAGGUUAGAUGACCCACCUGACGAUGGCCACCGGAUGACCCGCAACUGA